GUUAGCUUAGUCUCCUACAUGCCAUGCCAAAGUCUAACCAAAUCCACCUUGAAAACUAAACCCAUUAUUCUUGUGUAAGCUCAUUUUAUGGGGUUAACCAUCAUCUUUCUCAUCUCUUUAUUCCAUGGCAUCAAACCAGAAAACAACUCAACAAAAAACACCCAAAACUAAUUGUUUUCUAUCUUGUUUUGGGUUUUCCUCAAAAACUAAAUCAUUCAAAAAUAAGCCUAAAAAAAAUGGUGCUAGGAAGUUCUUCAAGUUUUGUUGGCCAAAACUUAAAGUUUUGACCAUUGAGAGAAAAAAAUUCAUCUUUGAGGUCAAAACUGCUGCUCUUAAAGCCAGCCACAAUAUCAUCCUUGAAGCAACCAAAAGUCAGCAGCUUAAGCAGAUUGAUCAUCAUGUCGUCUCAAAAACCAUACAGCCAAAUGUACCUUCCAAAGGGAGCACCCACCAAGACGACGAAAAUCGUCCAACGAACCAGUCAUAUUGUGCCACGUGUCAUAAUGAUCAACAUCCAGCUACUCUUAAGGUGGUCAAACGACCUACUUUUGGUAAUAAAAGUACCAAUGAUUCGUUAAUCGGAAUAUCAAUUAUGUUGUCGUCGUUGAUUAUCUUGUUAAUUUGGGGGAGAUUAUGUGCUAUAUUAUGCAUGUGUGGUUGGCUAUAUUGCACACCACUUCUACGAGGAGAUAGAGUUGUAGUUGUUACACCAAAAAAUCAAAUGAACACAAAGUUGAGUAUGCAAGAUUAUAACUCGGAAAUGCACAAGAAAAAAGUGGUGCUACAAGGGUUUCUUCAAAGGGAUCAUAAAUCUGCAAUUGCCAUUUCAUGACAAGUACUAAGGUUUUCCUGUGUGUAAAUGAGCGAUUAAGUGAAGUGAUGUAGACGGGAUUCGAUCCCAAGUCUUGAAUACCACCCCCGACAAACUAAGCUAGAUGGCAUCCACGACAAGUACACAACUUUGUUACUCAUAUUCAUAUACUCAAUUUAGAGAGGUAUUUACAAGAUAUCAAAUUUUUUUCUAACUUUUUACUAUCAUAUUUACCAAAUUUUAAUGGAUCUGUUUUUCCCGUCAAAUUAAUUUUUUUCUUUGUAGAUAUACAAUACAUUCAAGGAGUAGUUAUAGAAUACGAUAUAGAAAACAACCUAUGUCUUAAGCAUGAAUCGUAGUUUAGUUUUUAAGAGUUUAUAGUAGAUUUUUUUGUUUUAUUUGGACAAAGCUUGUAAAGUUUUUUUUGUGGAUGGGGACAAAGCUUGUAAAGUUGUAUACAUGAGGUCAUAGUUCUAUCUUCUUAAGAUCCCCAAAGAAAAAAAGGCAAAAUGAUGUUUGUUUCUAUUUCCUUUGAAAUAAAAUAUUCAUCUAGGAGAUUAAGUUUGAACU